CGGCUCCUGCCCGGCUCCAAGAUGGCGCGCGGUCACGUGACGGGGGUGUGGGCUCGUCCCGGCGGAAGCGUGAGGGACCGAGCCGGGAGCAGCGGCUGGCGGCGGCGGGAGCGGGGCUGGCGCCGCCGGAGCACGCGUGCCGCAGCCCGGGGGACACGGCUGUCACCACGGAGUCCGCCAGCGCCAACACCGCGGCGGCCACCGCCGCCUCGCGGGCCGCGGGUGCCGGGGACCAGGCAACCUCGCUGCCCCCGCCCAGGAUGCAGCGCAGGAAGAGGAACGCGGGCAGCAGCUCGGAUGGAACAGAGGACUCGGAUUUCUCCACGGAUCCCGAGCACACGGACAGCUCCGAGAGCGAUGGCACCUCCCGGAGAUCCGCCCGCGUCACCCGCUCCUCCGCCAGGCUCAGCCAGAGCUCCCAGGACUCCAGCCCGGUGCGGAACCCGCCGGCGCUGGGUGCGGACGAGCCGGUGUACUCCACGCGGAGGGUGACCCGCAGCCAGCAGCAGCCGGCUCCCGUCACCCCCAAGAAGUACCCGCUGCGCCAGACGCGCUCCUCCGGCUCCGAGACCGAGCAGGCCGUGGAUUUCUCGGACAGAGACACCAAAAACGCUGCGGAUCACGACGAGUCCCCUCCCCGCACCCCCACGGGCAACGCGCCCUCCUCCGAGUCCGACAUCGACAUCUCCAGCCCCAACGUGUCCCACGACGAGAGCCUGGCCAAGGACAUGUCCAUGAAGGACUCGGGCAGCGACCUCUCGCACCGGCCCAAGCGCCGCCGCUUCCACGAGAGCUACAACUUCAACAUGAAGUGUCCCACUCCUGGCUGCAACUCCCUGGGACACCUGACUGGGAAGCACGAGCGUCACUUCUCCAUCUCGGGCUGCCCUCUGUACCACAACCUCUCGGCAGAUGAGUGCAAGGUGCGAGCGCAGAGCCGGGACAAGCAGAUCGAGGAGCGGAUGUUGGCCCACAGGCAGGAUGACAACAACAGGCACGCCACCAGGCACCAGGCCCCCACAGAGAGGCAGCUGCGCUACAAGGAGAAGGUGGCCGAGCUGAGGAAGAAGAGGAACUCGGGGCUGAGCAAGGAGCAGAAGGAGAAGUACAUGGAGCACAGGCAAACCUAUGGCAACACCAGGGAGCCUCUCCUGGAGAACCUGACCAGCGAGUACGACCUGGAGCUGUUCCGGAGGGCUCAGGCCCGCGCCUCCGAGGACCUGGAGAAGCUGAGGCUGCAGGGGCAGAUCACUGAGGGCAGCAACAUGAUCAAGACCAUCGCGUUCGGGCGCUACGAGCUGGACACGUGGUACCACUCCCCCUACCCCGAGGAGUACGCGCGCCUCGGCCGCCUCUACAUGUGCGAGUUCUGCCUCAAGUACAUGAAGAGCCAGACCAUCCUGCGCCGGCACAUGGCCAAGUGUGUGUGGAAGCACCCCCCUGGGGACGAGAUCUACCGCAAGGGCUCCAUCUCCGUCUUCGAGGUGGACGGCAAGAAGAACAAGAUCUACUGUCAGAACCUGUGUCUGCUGGCAAAGCUGUUCCUGGACCACAAAACCCUUUAUUACGACGUGGAGCCCUUCCUGUUCUACGUCAUGACAGAGGCUGACAACACCGGCUGCCACCUGAUCGGGUAUUUCUCCAAGGAGAAGAAUUCCUUCCUCAACUACAACGUGUCCUGCAUCCUGACCAUGCCCCAGUACAUGAGGCAGGGCUAUGGCAAAAUGCUCAUUGACUUCAGCUAUUUGCUGUCAAAAGUAGAGGAGAAGGUGGGGUCCCCCGAGCGUCCCCUGUCCGACCUGGGCCUCAUCAGCUACAGGAGCUACUGGAAGGAGGUUCUGCUGCGCUACCUGCACAACUUCCAGGGCAAGGAGAUCUCCAUCAAAGAGAUCAGCCAGGAGACCGCAGUGAACCCCGUGGACAUCGUCAGCACCCUGCAGGCCCUGCAGAUGCUCAAGUACUGGAAGGGCAAACACCUGGUCCUCAAGAGGCAGGACCUGAUCGACGAGUGGAUCGCCAAGGAGGCCAAGAGAUCCAACAGCAACAAGACCAUGGAUCCCAGCUGCCUCAAGUGGACCCCUCCCAAGGGCACCUAAGGGUCCCCAGGGCCAGGCUCGGUGCCACCCUGCCGUGGUGUCCCCAGGGCCGGGCUCGGUGCCACCCUGCCGUGGUGUCCCCAGGGCCAGGCUCGGUGCCACCCUGCCGUGGUGUCCCCAGGGCCAGGCUCGGUGCCACCCUGCCGUGCUGUCCCCACAGUUCUGAGGAACUCGGAUGUUUCGGCCUCAGUGAGGCCGUGUGAGGACUGGAAGUGUCUGGGAGCCCCAGGGAGCUGAGGAGCUCCGAUUGCUGGGCCUGUCCCUGCUGUCCCUGCUGUCCCUGCUGUCCCUGCUGUCCCUGCUGUCCCUGCUGUCCCUGCUGUCCCUGCUGUCCCUGCUGUCCCUGCUGUCCCUGCUGUCCCUGCUCCAUCCUCCUGUCCCUCCUGCAGCCCCCCGGGCUCAGCCGGCUGCAAACGCUUCUCUGGAGCUGCUCCUGCCCCGUUCCACCUCCCAAAUAGCUUUAGUGGGAUUGUCCCCCCCUCGUGCAGCAGUUUUCCCUAGGAUCCAGCAGAUCUUCACUUAGUUCCUGUUGUACAGCCACAAUUGCACCUCCUGCACCCUGGGCAGUGCUGGGGUGUUCCCGUCACCCCCUCCUGGAGCCGCCACAGCCCUGCUGGAAGCACCUCUGGAUUAGAAUUCCUGUUUUUUCCUGGUGUGUAUCUCGUGGAAUUGCUGAGUUCCUGUACAUAAACAACCUGAGUGCUGAGUGUA